AUGUCGUACGGAAGACCGCAUAAACGAUCCAACACCGCAAGUAUGAUCAGUUUGUCUGAAAGCAUGAAUAAACGCAAAAAUAUUGCAGAUAUCAGCGAUUUGAACGCAAAGUACAUGGCGUUGGAGCAGUUUGACAACUACCAGGUCAUGUACAUUUGGAUCGAUGCCACGUUGGAAAACCUGAGAGGAAAGACCAAAACGUUCGACUUUGAGCCGAAACAACCUUCAGGUAUCAGAAUUUUCAUAGGUUUUUUGGAGUAUUUUUGAAAAUAUUUUCAGAUCUUCCCGUCUGGAACUUUGACGGAACUUCGACCGGACAAUCGCUGGGAGAAGGAUCGGAUGUGUACAUCCGUCCGGUCGCGCUCUUCCGUGAUCCGUUCAGACCCGGACCGAACAAAAUUGCGCUGUGUGAAACGUUGACCCACGACAACAAACCGCAUCGUGAGUGCACGCUAAGGAAAUGACUUAAUUUUUUCCUAUUUCAGCUACAAACACACGUCAGCAGUGUCUUGAGACUAUGGAGAAGGUGAAGGAGCAAGAGCCGUGGUUCGGAAUGGAGCAGGAGUUCACAUUGCUCGAGGUGGACAAACGUCCGUUCAACUGGCCGUAUAACGGAUUCCCAGCGCCGCAAGGACCGUAUUACUGCGGAGUCGGAAGUGAUCGUGUGUUCGGACGGCAGAUCCUUGAGGCACAUUACCGUGCGUGCAUGUACGCUGGAAUCAAGAUCAGCGGAUCGAAUGUGGAAAGCAUGCCGUCGCAAGUGAGUUACUCCCGGCUCUACGUCCAACCAACACACUCCAAAUGCUUCAGUUCGAAUACCAAGUCGGUCCCUGCGAAGGAAUCACAAUGGGAGAUCAAUUGUGGGUCUCCCGCUACAUUCUCCAUCGCAUCUGUGAGGAAUACGGUGUCGUGUGUAGUCUGGAUCCGAAACCAGUCCUCGGCGAUUGGAGUGGUGCAGGUUGUCACCUGAACUUCUCCACAAAGAUCAUGCGGACUCCGAGCGAGGACGGCGCCGGAUGGGAGUGAGUCGAUCGGAAAUCAAAGUGUCAAAAUGCCAAAAAGUCAAACUGCUUUCAGAGCAAUCAAAGAAGCGGUUAACAAACUGAAGCCGGUGCACAUGCAGCACAUUGCGUACUACGACCCGCACGGAGGACGUGACAACGAGCGCCGGCUCAUCGGAGCCAACCAAACGGAAACUGUGGAUGCGUUCUCGUCGGGAGUCGCCGACCGAGAGGCCAGCGUUCGAAUUCCCCGCCAAGUGUAUGCUGAUAAAUGCGUGAGUGUUGCGUGCAAACCUCGUAAUGAUGAGAGACGUUAGAGAAUUGCUAAAAACGAGAACUGAAAGAAAGAGCUCAUGGCCGCCAUAUGUGCUGGUCUUCUUUUUGAACCUUGUGAUUGACUCGUCUCUAGCCUGGUUCCUCUCUCUCUCUCUCUCUCUCUCUCUCUCUCUUUCGCUUCCCCUUUAUCGUUAUCAUAUAAUCGCUCAAAUUCCGCUAUGUUUUGAUGUUUGAUGUGAAAAUGUUUCAGGGAUACUUCGAGGACCGUCGUCCGGCAUCCAACUGUGAUCCGUACAUGGUGACGGUCGCGAUGGUCAAAACGUGUUGCUUGGAAGGAGAGGACGCCAAACUGAAGCUGAAAUAUGUCCCCAAGUUCUGA